GACGUCAUGGUGGGGGGGGGGGGGUGCACAUGUUGACAGUCACCGUGAGUUCAGCUUCACUUCUUCUUCGCUUGUGUCACUGAACCAGGAACAAUGUCUGUCCGUGUGUUGGAGCUCAUCUUCUUCUUCUACUUCGCCUCUCACAUCCCCAUCACAUUACUGAUCGACCUCCAGGCUCUGCUGCCCGGACACGUGUACCCGCAGCCGCUCAAGGAUCUGCUGAGCUGGUAUGCAGAGGAGUAUAAAGACCCCAUGAUGCUGGAUCCUCCGGUUUGGUUCAAGUCCUUCAUUUUCUGCGAGAGUCUGUUGCAAACUCCUUUCUUUCCCAUCGCAGCUUAUGCUUUCCUAAAAGGUGGCUGUAAGUGGAUCAGGACUCCUGCCAUCGUGUAUUCCACACAUGUGGCCACCACGCUGGUGCCGAUCCUCGCCCACAUCCUUUUCUAUCAGUUCCCUAUGAAACCCCACCCAGGGCCCCAGACUGUGCAGGAGCGCUGGCUGCUGGUCUCCAUCUAUGCUCCUUACCUGCUGGUGCCUGUGCUUCUGCUCCUCACCAUGCUGCUGUCCUCCACAUACAACUCCACCUGCAAGUCUGGGAAUGAAUCAGCCAAGACCAAGAAGAAGAACUGACUCAUCCCCAUCGUCUGCUUUACUCUGAAAUCAAAAGAUAUUUAUCUACAUUUCUGAAUGUCCUGUUUAUAUGUGAUAUACUAUGAUCUGAGAAGCUGUGUUUUGUACUGCAAAACUUGUAUUUUGAAGAAGUGGCAUUGUUAAAGCAGCGAAAUUAGGAUUUUAAAUGUGAAGAACUGAACUCUUUGUAACCACUACACAACUAAACUUUAUUAUGCAACUUUUACGAUUCAUUACUAAAACUGCAAUAAACAAAAGUAAUUUAAACUAAAAA